AACAAGGACAGUGAUGGGCUUAUUUUAGUGAGCUGAUGUUUGGGCUUAAUUAUAAUUGGCUUACAGAGAUAUCCCCCACGGACACAAACUAGUUGUGUUGUGUCUUAAAAAGUUAAAAUAAAAGAACGAAUCAAAUCUUUUCCAGUUUCGUCCGACGGAGAUCGAUUAACGGAGAAGUAAACAAACCCCUAGAUAUGGCGGAGAAGCUCGCACCGGAGAAGCGACAUGAUUUCGUUCAUAACGGGCAAAAGGUGUUUGAGUGGGAUCAAACCCUUGAAGAAGUGAACUUGUACAUAACUUUGCCGCCCAAUGUUCAUUCAAAGGCAUUCCACUGCAAAAUCCAGUCGAAACAUCUCGAAGUUGGCAUCAAAGGCAACCCUCCUUAUCUCAAUCACGAUCUUAGUGCUCCUGUGAAGACGGAUUGCUCGUUCUGGACACUAGAGGAUGAUAUAAUGCACAUUACCCUGCAGAAGAGGGAGAAAGGGCAGACAUGGGCAUCGCCGAUUCUUGGACAGGGUCAGUUGGAUCCUUACGCCACUGAUCUAGAGCAGAAGCGGCUCAUGCUGCAGAGGUUUCAAGAAGAGAACCCAGGAUUCGACUUUUCACAAGCUCAGUUCACGGGUAACUGUCCAGAUCCGAGUAGCUUCAUGGGUGGUAUUCGUUCUGACUAGUCCUCCCUCCCUACUCUUGGGAUUUUAUAACAAAAUGUCCCAUGGCUGAUAAAUAAACGGCCUUACUUUGACCCGCUUCUGUAAUCAUCUCUAAACUAUAUUUUCAUUCACUCACAUGAAUAAAUGCCUUGUUUCGUCUCUGUUUA